AUGCAAUUCAUUAGUGCUCUAUUGAUUGUACUUUGUGGUCUUGGAAGUGCAGAUUGCCUAGAUUGCCAGCCGGGUUGGAAUCAGUUUCAGAAUAAAUGCUAUUGGUUCAGCCAUACUGCUAGACCAUGGGGGGAAGCUGAGGCUAUAUGUGCAGGAUUUCAUACCAAGUUGGCGGAACCUAGGACUAAUGAUGAAUCGAACUUUCUUAUCAGCCAUUUUCAAAGUCUUCACGACUCCAGUUUCUAUUGGAUCGGAAUUUCUGACUUAAUAGAAGAAGAUCGCUGGAUCUAUUCCUCUAACAUGCAGACCAUUACUACGAAUUACUUCUCUCCGGGAGAGCCAAAUCAGCAUACAGAUGCAAACUGUGUUGCAUUAUGGGACAGGUAUCACGGAAAAUGGGCCGAUGAAUCCUGUGGACAUGUUUACAGAUUUAUCUGUGAGACAGAUGUUGCUGAAGGUGACAUCGUUGGCUAAAUCCGACUGUUUCUCUGGAAUCCAAAGAAGGC